AUCACUCUUACACGAUUUGGCCAGCGGAUCAAAUUUAAAACGGAGCAAGGUCAUAAGUUCGCAAAGCGAACGCCUAGUUACAUUACAUGCAUCCUCGCAAUCCGUACAACAAACCUCCUGAUUUUGCUGACCUUGCAAGGCGCUACCCUCCCCUCAGACCACACGUAUUCAUAAACCAUACAGGAUCGAGUGCAAUAGAUUUCAAAAGCCUUCCCGCACAAAAGCGUUUAACAGAAGCACUCCUUCGUCUUGACUAUGGUCUUUCACUAACCCUGCCGGACGAUAGACUCUGCCCUCCAGUGCCGAACAGACUAAACUAUGUUCUUUGGCUACAAGACAUAGUGAAAUCAAAUUGCGGUUCCGCCACCGUCAGAGGGCUUGACAUUGGUACUGGUGCUUCAGCAAUCUAUCCGUUGUUGGCUUGUGGUAUCGAACAUACUUGGAACUUCGUGGCCACUGAUAUCGACGAACGAUCCGUCCAAUUUGCCAAACAAAACGUCUCCAAGAAUUCUAUGGAUAGUCGCAUUGCUGUCGAGCGUGUACAGGUUGAUGGGCCUAUUCUUCAGCUACUACAUACAAGUCUAAUGGAUUUCGACUUCACCAUGUGUAACCCACCGUUUUAUAGCAGCGCCGAGGACGUUUCACGUUCAGCUGAUUUCAAGGAGUUUGGUCCAAAUGCAGUUUGCUCCGGUGCAGAAGUGGAGAUGAUAACUCCAGGAGGAGAAACAAAUUUUGUCGCUCGGAUUUUUCUAGAAAGUCUACAGUUGAAGACGAAGUGCCGGUGGUACACUUCUAUGCUUGGGAAGAUGUCAUCAAUCCCUGAACUUGUUUCCCUCUUUCGCGAACACAGCGUAGACAAUUAUGCUAUAACAGAGUUUGUUCAGGGUCAAACUCGUCGUUGGGCCAUUGGCUGGUCAUUUCAAGAUGCUAGACUUCCUGAUACCCUCGCUCGAUUCUCCAACCAAGCCUUGCAGAAUAUGAUGCCUUCUCGAAACACGCUGCAUCACGUUUUUCUGGGCGCUCGAUCCGCAGAAAUUCUGGCAAGCGCUUUACGAAACGUUCUCACACUUAUUAAUGGCGUAACGAUUGCAUCUUCGGCUACGCCUGCAAUUUAUGAUCAUUCUUCUGCCAUGCUGCAUCAGGAAAACCACCGCUUACUUAUCUCACUUUUUGUCUCUUAA